AUGAGGCGCGGCUCGAAGAAAUCGUCGUCGUCUGCCGCGACCGCCAGCGCUGGUGCGGAACAAGUAAAUGAAAAACAAAACAGAAAAAGAAAAGGAGUCAGUACAAACCUGACCAGCAGGAAAGCACAACGUGGCCCUACUAAAGCAGUUUCCAAGGAAGUAGAACGGAUUGAUCAAUUUUUCUAUACUUAUGCCGAUAACUCAUCUGGCAUGAUUGACCCAGAAGGCAUUGAAACACUCUGUUCUCACCUUGAAGUUCCCCACACUGAUGUUAGGAUUCUAAUGUUAGCAUGGAAAAUGGGCUGUGAGAAGCAAGGUUAUUUUACCUUGGAUGAAUGGAGAGCUGGCUUGAAAGCUCUUCGAGCCGACAGUAUCAGUAAACUGAAGAAAGCAUUUCCAGAACUGGUCCAAGAGGUUACAAGGCCAUCCAAUUUCCAGGACUUCUACAUAUAUGCAUUUCGUUAUUGCCUCACGGAGGAUAAGAAGAAGUGUAUAGAAAUACCAGUUGCUUGUGAGUUGCUGAAUCUAGUAUUAGGCUUGCAGUUCCGCCCUCAGGUUGACAAGCUUAAUAAUUACCUAAAGUACCAAAAUGACUACAAGGUGAUAAACAUGGACCAGUGGAUGGGAUUUAUUCGGUUCUGUAACGAGAUAAACUUCCCAUCACUUGACAAUUAUGAUUCAGACCUUGCUUGGCCUCUGAUUCUAGACAAUUUUGUUGAGUGGCUACGAGAAAAUAAAAACUAG